UAUGGAGUGGGAUAGCUGUCAAAAUAUUCGUGUCCAUAGAUUUGAUACACGUGCGUAUUUGUCUGUAGUUGUGCAUAAAAUAAAUAUUUGUGAAUUCUCGAAUGAGUCCAGUCGUGCAUAAAACAUAUUGUGUGUAUUUUAUCCAUCAGAAUACGGAUGGAAAAAAAAUACGAAUUCAAAAUUACAAGUACGAAAUCAAUCUUUACAGUUAGGCUUUCUUUGGUACGAGUACGACUUCGCACAAGUGACUCAAACUGUCAAAAUACGUCAUCACCGCAUUCACAGGCAUUACUUGUUGAGAAAAGAAACAUAGAUCGAGAUCAAGACUGCGCAUGCGCUGAGGAUAACCGGGCUGGGCCAGAGCAAUAUAAAAGCUGGGCCUGUCUUUUGCGCCAAAAGCUAGAGGGUCUGUGGAAGAGGCAAGAUCGGUGACGGCCUAGGUGUAUGUUGAACCAUGGCGGACCAAGGAAACCAGUUAAACAACAUUAUGACCACGGCACAAAACCUGCUCACAUUACUGAGUAGAGUCAGGCAAGGUGAGGGCCAGAGCCAGCCACCUGUACAGGGCCAGAGCCAGCCACCUGUACAGGGCCAGAGCCAGCCACCUGUACAGGGCCAGAGCCAGCCACCUGUACAGGGCCAGAGCCAGCCACCUGUACAGGGCCAGAGACAGCCACCUGUACAGGGCCAGAGACAGGCUGUUCCCCGCCCUUCUGUGCAGCAGGAAAUGGCCAGGUCUUUUCCUGGGCUCUUUAGGAAGGAGGUGAGGGGGAAAAAAAGAUUCACCCCCUAUGCUCGCCCACAGAAGAGCUUCACUGUGAAGUUUUUCCUAAUGGAUGAGCAGCACUGCAAGACUCCUACGGGGGAGGAGGAGCUCCAGCUCAUGUUGGCCGGGCUGGGCAAGCGAUCUCUCGCAUUGACAGAAAGCACUACCCACACAGAGUUGACAGACUUACUGCUUGAAGCCUACCCAAAGCUAGGCACUAUAUCUGGGGGCUGGAUGUUGCACAAAUCCACAGGUGGAGGUGGGCAGCGGAAGUUGGUUGUAAUACCUCCUGACUCUGAGGGAUACACUGGUCAGCAAAUUAAAUCAGUCACUGGGAAUGGAAAGUACACACUGUUUAUAGCUCCCUUACAGGAGCAGAUAGACAGGACACCGCUACCUCCUGAUGCAAGAGAGUUUCACAAUAUGCCAAAGUCCCCAUGUGCAAACUGCGGGGUUAUGAUUCCCUUACAAGCUCUGCCGAGCCACAUUGAAAGCUGCAAAGACAGCAUUGAUCUGUGCAGUUCUUCAGAGGAAAGUUACGAGCAUGACCUUAGUCCAGAAAAGACUGCAGAAUGUCCUGUUUGUCGGAAAGACUUCAACAUUAAUGUCAUUGAGGCCCAUGCCUCAGGUUGUGGAUUAAGAAGUGCAGCCCACGAAGGGAACAGGAAGACCUCAGCCCUCAGCCUUAAUUCCUUUCAAAGUUUGGAGGAGAUUUUGGAGUGGGUGACUCUUCAGGUGGAUGAUGGCGGUACCUUUUCUAUAGUAGUAUCGAGAGAUGACCUUUACACGCGCGCGAUGAUGCAGUGGCAGAGGCAAAAAAGAUCCUCUCCAAAACAUCGUCUCCUUUUUUGGAGAAGAUGGCAUUGAUACGGGCGCCCUCAGCAAGGAAUUUCACAGAGAUGAUUGCUGAAAUUGAAAACAAGCUUUUUGUUGGCGGAGCUGACAAGAAGGGUAAAAAUCCUCUCUACUGCCUUAGUAGCCUUGACCAGAACCAC